AUGGAUACUACCUUCGAGUCGGUUCACAACCAACCAUAUAACGGGACAGAAAAUGAGGAGAAACAAAUCAACAAGAAUCUUCACUGGAAGCCAUGGGGGACUCGCUCACCAGUCAUCAUCGCCUUUAUUUUGGCAUCACUCGUACUGGCUGCUGUUGUCGAGGUGCUGGCACAAAAAAGUUUGGCAUCUGGUGUCCUCUCCCCGUCAUCAUCGAUCAAUGAUAUUCCCGACUCGGCCCGGCUUGCAGCUCUCUACGUACCGACGGUCAUUGCGGUUCUUUACGGCUUCUUUUUCUCUUGUAUCGAUCUCGAUGUGAAACGAGUACAGCCCUGGAUAGAAUUGUCAAAACCCGGAGGCGCUUUAGCAGAGAAUUCACUGCUUCUGGACUAUGAUUUUGAUUUUUUGCCAUUUGUGCCGCUUCGAGCUGCUCGCCGGCGUCACUGGCCCGUCUUCUAUUCUGGAAUAAUCAUAGUCAUCAUUUUUUGGGUAAUCACACCUUUGCAAAGUGCCAUUUUCGGCACCGGUACUGCGGAAUUGACCCAACCGGCAGUCCUCACCACUUCGGGUGGACUGAUUCCGAUAGAAGAUCAGGCCAGCCUCUUGGAUGCAUCGGUAUUGAAUGGUGCUUUUGCCACAUUGUGGCUCAAUCAGACAUACCCAAAGUCUUUGACAGCACAAUCGGCAACCCUUCCCAUUCAAGCUGUUGAUAUCCCUCUAAGUGCUUCGAGCGCUAAUUGGACAGGUUGGACCUGGCAGUUGACGACCGAGCUGAAAUGCUGGCCUGCUCUUCUGCGAAACGGCACGACGCCCUACUUCGGCAAGAACCAGACUGGAGUACUUCUUGACAAUGGUCAAGGUUGCACAGUUCCCAAAUCCUUUGGCUUCAACAUGGAUGGCGAUGGAACUCCUUAUGUCAUUCGCUAUAUUGGGUGGUACGAUAACGCUCGUCUGGAUUACCACAUGGCCAGCACAACAUGCGAUGAGAGAUUCAAGCAUCAGUUUCUUGCUAUAACGUCAAACAUCAUAGGACUAUACAAUGAUGUCACGAGCGAGGUCACGGCCCAAUUUUGCGAGCCGUCAUACUAUAAGCAGAAUGUCACAAUACCAAUGUCCGGGACGACGCUCAAACCUGACUUUUCCGCCAUUACCAAUGCUGGCCCAAAGACCGAGCUGACAGAUACCGAAUUCAACCGAACGGCCUUUGAGUACUUGCUUGGUACUGGUGUAGCAAGUGUUAACCGCGAGAGGGACUACCCUGACAAACAGACCUUGGAGGGAUACUACCAAGUCAAGUCUCGGGACGAGGAUAUUCCAUGGCCCAUCGAGACCAUGCCCAGCUUUGCCAUAGGUUCCGGCAAUUGGACUGGAAAAGACUUAUUGGACCCGGCUAAUCAAGCCAGUGCCUACGCCAAAGCACAUCAAGCAGCCUUCUCGAUUGCCAUCAGUGAACUGCUGGCUGAAAGCUCGAGUGCCACUCAGCAAGGCAGUAUAGACUUUCGCAUCAGUGGUAUAGUUGUCAGUCGACCUAUUUCCGCCACCGUCGAGAUUCUACUGGCGAUAUCGGGGCUACUGGCUGGAAUUAUCUUACUUUACAACUGGAACGCGCAGACUAACUUGCCGGGCGAUACUUCGAGUAUUGCUCGCAUCAUGGAAAUUUCUCAACACAAUGAAGAACUCCUCCAAAAAUUCAUUCCAUUUGAACAAUCCAGCGAGAAAGAGCUCAAGAAGGGCCUUGGGCAGUUACGGUUCGAAUCGCAGCGAAUAGGCACAGAAGCGCACCUUUCUUGCAUCCCAGCCAGCCCAGAAGCGCCGACUCCAGACAAUGUUUUACGAGACAGUCUUGCCGCCAGAUCACAAAUGACGGGAGUUAGACCAACAGCCUUGAAAGUCAGAGUAGCGAUCUUGGUUAUCCUGCUGUUGGCAGCUGGAGUAUCGAUUCUUGCGUAUCUCAAAUAUCGAGAAGUCAUAUUGGGAGGACUUGAACGGCCAUCACAGAGCUUCGAAGUUCUCCAAAUCUUGGAGAAUUACAUCCCGACUGCUUUCGCGACCUUCCUUGACCCUUUCUGGGUUCUCGUCAACCGCAUUUUCUGCCUAAUUCAGCCGUUUCGAACCCUUCAAAAAGGCAACGCCACUGCCAGGCGGUCGAUCGAGUGUGAUUACACGGGCCUGAUGCCUCAGUUUAACAUUAUCAGAGCUGCCAGGUCCAACCAUUAUUUUCUUGCCAUGAUCUGCGCCGUCGCUUUGCUGGGCAAUAUUCUAGCCGUGGGACUUGGCGGUAUAUUUGAUGAGAGAGAAGUCGACAUGGAAUACACUGUGCAGUACCAGCCUCAGCGGUCUCUAUCUCCAACCAAGGACAGGGUAGAGUUGCCGAGCGGUACUCUCCAAAUGGCUGUCAAAUACAGCGACCAUCUUCAGCUUGUACGAACUAAUUUGUCAGCACACACCUCUCUGCCUCCGUGGACAACUCCCGAGGCCUACUUUCUUCCUUUUGCAGAUAUUCUAAACUCAUCCACGACGACAGAUUUACAGAGGGCGAACACGACCGGCAUAGUAUUCGAACCGAGAUGCUCAGUUGUGAGCACGGACAAUACGUCUUCGGAGGACUACAUUCACUUUGUCUACAACAACACUCACAGCCAAUUAUACUUGAAUCAUGUUUUUCAAAAUGAGUCAAGCAUCCGCUGUGGAGUAAUGUCAGGCACGUUUGAGCAAACUGAUGUAUCGGCUGUCAAUAUCACUGGGAAACAGGACCGCCCGCGAGGCCCAUCGUCGAACGAAAUCUAUAGCGUGAUGCAAGCCUUGUCGGAAGAUGGACUACAGACAACCGAUGCCGACGACGAGUUUUGUGGCAGAAUGAUAUUGGCGGGCUGGGUUCGCAUCAAUGCCACUUCGCAGGGUGUGCCGUUGGACGAACCCGAAUCCAGCUUCAUGAUGUGCAGUCCCAGGGUCAGUACCGCGCCAUACCAGGUGACAGUGGACUCCCAGGGUUACGUUAUCGAUUCUCAGCGCCUCGGAGACCUGGUCGACGCAGAGCCCAUCUUUGCAAACAGAACCAGCUUGAUAUUCUACUAUCUAUUCUUUGAUACUAUUUGGGGGCUCGACAGCUGGCACAAUACUACAGUCGCCAAUGACUGGAUGAAUAGCCUUCUGAAGCUCUCUCUUGACGGCACCGCGCACGUUGAUCCCAAUCAACCACUCGUAAGCAUGGAAACCAUGCUUCCAGCUUUCGAGGCCGUGCUAAGAGAAGGCAUUGCCUCGCUCUUUGGCCUCAAUCCGUCUUUUUGGAAGGCCACCGGGCCCGACGUUGCCCUCGUCAACGGCGUCGUCAUCCGAUCCGAGACCCGAAUUUUCAUGUCCGAGGCGGCAUUCGCCGUCAGCGAGUCGAUUCUAGUCAUCUACAUCAUUGUAGCCCUCCUGGUCUAUACCCGAGGCCUCGGUGUUGCGUUGCCCCGUCUGCCCACUACGAUUGGGUCUGUCGUGGCAUAUAUUGCUGGUGGUCGAGCCGUUCGAAAUUAUAUCAAAGACCACGCAGAGACGGCAGAAAAAGUUGAGCAUGACAAGCAGGAAUAUAGAUAUGGCACCUAUGUUGGUCAAGACGGAAAAAUGCAUGUUGGAAUUGAGCUGGAACCUUAUUCGCAAUUGUCAACUAUACGACGAAGGACAAUAUCUCCUCCAUCGCAGGGCAAUUUCAGGCCGUUCGUAUAG